UGCAUGCGGUAUAAUUUCAUCAAGGUCAGAUCUGAUAGUAGCGGCUAACGCUGCUCAAUUUGGAACCGUUAUUUGUCGAGUUGUAGAUAGUUGUCCUGGAUGUUCUUUUGGUGAUUUGGACUUAUCUCCUGCCGCUUUCGAAAGAAUUGCCAACCUAGAACUUGGUAGAGCGAUUAAUUGGGAUUUUAUUAAUUGA